UGACGCAAGGCACUUAUACAGGCUUCCAUACAGGUCCACAUGUGUACAUUUAUGUGCCACAUGGUGUGCUGUACUGUCAUUCUGCGACUCUCUGUUGUUCUCGACGCACGUGCUUUUCGACCGGUGAUCAAUAGGUGCCGCAGCAACUCGCCGGCAAAGUUGAAAAGAAAAUUUAUAAAAUAUUUCUCUUUUAUAAUCCUUGGAUUUAUCUUCUAGAUAUUACAAAAUGGUGUUAUUCUUUACAAGUGAUGUGGAGCAAAAACCAGUGACUUUGUUAAUGGGAGUUGAUAAGUAUGAAAAUGAGGAUCUCAUAAAGUGGGGUUGGCCAGAAGAUGUUUGGUUUCACGUUGACAAAUUCUCAUCUGCCCAUGUAUAUUUGAGAUUAAAAUUUGGUCAAACCAUUGAUGACAUUCCUGACAUUGUCUUGGAAGAUGCAGCCCAGUUAGUCAAAGCCAAUAGUAUCGAAGGAAACAAAGUCGAUGACAUUGAUGUCAAUUAUACUAUGUGGACAAAUCUCAAAAAAACCCAAGGCAUGGACGUUGGGCAAAUUGGUUUUCACAACCAGAAAGAAGUCCGUAAAAUUCAUGUGUCUACACGCCUUAAUACUGUAGUUAAUCGUCUAAAUAAAACUAAAGAGUCAAUGAAAGUUAAUUUACGUGCUGAGAGACAGGCAAGGGACAAAGGAGAGCAAAAAGAUAAGAGAAAACCAUCAAGAGAAGUAAAAGAGAAUUCACAAAACCCUGAUUUGGUUCAUAACAGCGAAAAUCAGUCAAGAAUAAAACUUAACUCCGGUAGAAAAAGAAGAAAUGCCUCAAAAUAACAAAAAUUCAAAAAAAUGAAAGUGUUUAUGAACUGCAAUAAAUUCUUAAUUGUGAUGCAGUGCCAGUAUUAUUUAAACUAGUCAGUGAUUAGCAUGUGUUUAUUAGCAUGGUGUAACCUGCAAUAAAUUCAUAAUUGUGAUGUAGUGCCAGUGUUACAUUUCCAACUAGCCAGUAUAUGUUUAUUUGCGUUAAAAUUGUAAAAAAAAUUGAGUUGUCAAUAUUUGUAAGCGAACGAGAUGCCUUAGAAAAUAUUGUUUUUAUUGUUGCGACGUUCUUAAAAAUUAAUUUUAAUAGAUGGUAUCUCUUGUAAUAUAAUCGUCAUUGGGAUAUCCCAUUGAUAUCAUCGAGAUAUUCCAAAUGAUACAUAUUACAAUUUAUAAUCGUGUAUACACAGAAAAAUAUUGUACUAUCUCUACAAUAAACGAAGACAGAAAACAGAA